CCACCAUUUUUGUGUAUAUAAAGACAAGUGCUUCAUCACUUUGCUACAUCAAUCUUAAAAGGCAUUUCUCUUAUCUCCUCUCUCUUCUGACACUGCUUCUUUCUUCUUCUUCAGUGCUUCUUCUUCCUCGUAUCUGUAGACAAAGAGUGAAACGACAUAGAGAGAAACAGAGAGAAAGCAAAAAUGGCGAAUAGGAAUUUGGAGAAGAUGGCAUCAAUUGAUGCACAGUUGAGGCAAUUGGCACCAGCAAAAGUGAGUGAGGAUGAUAAGCUUAUUGAGUAUGAUGCUCUUCUUUUGGAUCGCUUCCUUGAUAUUCUUCAAGAUUUACAUGGUGAAGAUCUCAGAGAAACGGUUCAAGAAGUGUAUGAGCUUUCUGCUGAGUAUGAAGGCAAGCAUGAUCCUAAGAAACUUGAAGAACUUGGCAAAGUGAUAACCAGUUUAGAUGCCGGGGACUCUAUCGUCGUAGCGAAGUCCUUCUCACAUAUGCUUAACCUUGCCAACUUAGCGGAAGAAGUUCAGAUUGCUCAUCGCCGAAGGAACAAGUUGAAGAAGGGUGAUUUUGUGGAUGAGAACAAUGCAACCACUGAAUCAGACAUUGAAGAAACUCUCAAGAAACUUGUAUUGAACCUGAAGAAGUCCCCUCAGGAAGUUUUCGAUGCGCUGAAGAACCAGACAGUUGAUCUGGUUCUUACUGCUCAUCCUACUCAAUCCAUUCGUAGAUCAUUGCUUCAAAAGCAUGGAAGGAUCCGGAAUUGUUUAUCUCAGCUGUACGCCAAAGACAUCACUCCUGAUGAUAAGCAGGAGCUUGAUGAGGCUCUGCAGAGGGAGAUUCAAGCUGCAUUUCGAACGGACGAAAUCAGGAGAACUCCUCCAACACCACAAGAUGAGAUGAGAGCAGGAAUGAGCUACUUCCACGAAUACAAUGCUCCUCUUAUUCAAUUCUCAUCUUGGAUGGGUGGUGAUCGCGAUGGUAAUCCGAGAGUGACUCCUGAAGUGACAAGGGAUGUUUGCUUACUAGCUAGAAUGAUGGCUGCUAAUUUGUAUUAUUCCCAGAUAGAAGAUCUUAUGUUUGAAUUGUCUAUGUGGCGCUGCAACGAUGAGCUACGCGUUCGCGCGGACGAACUUCACGGAUCAUUCAAGAAAGAUGAAGUUGCAAAACACUAUAUAGAAUUUUGGAAAAAGAUUCCGGCAAAUGAACCGUAUCGUGUGAUACUGGGUGAUGUGAGGGAUAGACUGUACAAGACUCGGGAGCGGUCUCGCCAUUUACUCGCUCAGGGUUACUCUGACAUUCCAGAGGAAGCAACUUUCACCAAUGUGGAGGAGUUCCUGGAGCCUCUUGAGCUAUGUUACAGAUCACUGUGUGCUUGUGGCGAUCGCGCAAUUGCUGACGGAACCCUUCUUGAUUUCUUAAGACAAGUUUCCACCUUCGGACUGUCACUAGUAAGGCUUGACAUCAGGCAAGAGUCGGACCGUCACACGGACGUGAUGGAUGCCAUCACAAAGCAUUUGGGAAUCGGAUCCUACCAGGAAUGGUCGGAGGAGAAGAGACAAGAGUGGCUUCUAGAAGAAUUAAGCGGGAAGCGACCGUUGUUUGGACCUGACCUUCCAACAACCGAAGAAAUCAGAGACGUUCUGGACACAUUUCAUGUCAUAGCAGAGCUUCCAGCAGAUAACUUCGGAGCCUAUAUCAUAUCAAUGGCAACCGCACCGUCCGAUGUGCUGGCGGUUGAGCUUCUUCAACGCGAAUGCCGGAUCAGGCAUCCGUUAAGAGUUGUCCCGUUGUUUGAGAAGCUCGCAGAUCUCGAGGCUGCUCCGGCCGCCUUGGCUCGCUUGUUUUCGGUAGAAUGGUAUAGAAACAGGAUCAAUGGGAAGCAAGAAGUCAUGAUUGGGUACUCCGAUUCCGGAAAAGAUGCCGGAAGAUUCUCUGCAGCAUGGCAGCUGUAUAAGGCUCAAGAGGAUCUUAUAAAGGUAGCCAAGAAGUAUGGGGUCAAGCUAACAAUGUUCCAUGGUCGCGGCGGGACGGUUGGAAGAGGAGGCGGGCCUACUCACCUUGCUAUCCUCUCCCAACCUCCGGACACUGUCCAUGGAUCACUUCGUGUCACGGUUCAGGGUGAAGUAAUUGAGCAGUCAUUCGGGGAGCAGCAUUUGUGCUUCAGAACACUUCAAAGGUUCACUGCUGCCACCUUAGAGCACGGUAUGAACGCCCCAAUUGCACCGAAGCCAGAAUGGCGUCAGCUUAUGGAUGAGAUGGCCGUCAUUGCCACAGAGGAGUACCGAUCAAUUGUGUUCAAGGAGCCACGAUUCGUGGAAUACUUUCGCCUAGCUACCCCGGAGUUAGAGUACGGAAGGAUGAACAUUGGAAGUAGACCAGCGAAGAGAAAGCCUAAUGGAGGCAUUGAAACUCUGCGUGCAAUUCCUUGGAUCUUUGCGUGGACGCAGACAAGGUUUCAUCUUCCGGUAUGGCUAGGCUUUGGAUCUGCAUUUAAACAUGUUAUUCAGAAAGAUGUUAGAAAUCUCAACAUGCUACAAGAGAUGUACAACAAUUGGCCUUUCUUUAGAGUCACCAUUGAUUUAGUGGAAAUGGUGUUCGCCAAGGGCGAUCCAGGUAUCGCUGCUCUGAAUGAUAGGCUUUUGGUUUCUAAAGAUUUAUGGCCCUUUGGGGAGCAGUUGAGGAACAAAUAUGAAGAAACUAAGAAACUCCUCCUUCAGGUGGCUGGACACAAGGAUCUUCUAGAAGGUGACCCCUACUUGAAGCAAAGGCUCCGGCUGCGUGAUUCCUACAUCACUACCCUGAAUGUUUUCCAAGCUUACACAUUGAAACGCAUCCGCGAUCCGAACUACAACGUGAAUGUGAGGCCACGCCCACGAAUAUCUAAAGAAUCAUUAGACAUCAGCAAAUCGGCCGACGAAUUAGUCUCGCUGAACCCAACAAGUGAAUAUGCUCCGGGUUUGGAAGACACCCUCAUCCUCACCAUGAAGGGUAUCGCUGCCGGAAUGCAGAACACCGGUUAAGAAAGUUUGAGUUAUUGCAACCUUCUCCUUUUCCUUCCCUUGUAUUUGGUGUUACUUGUUUUUCUUUUUCCCUUAUUCGACUCUAAGUUUGUUCAGAAAUCCUAAAUUUAGUUACAUGCACCAAAGCUGAGUGCUGUUCUUCUUCUUCUUUCUUUGUAGUGUUGUGUUUUUACUUAUCUUGCUGUAUAAUAUGGUUUGCUUGCUAUAGGCUAGCUACCACACAAAAUGAGUCAAUGAAACUGAAUUGUUAUAUUUCAAUGCGGAAAUUAUGCAAAGUGUACUUUGUUUCAA